AUGCUCGCACGGUCUUACUUCAACAAAUUGGGCGAGGAGUUCAAGACGAGGAAUUUCAGCAUCUACGCACAAUGGUUCGGUCUCUUGGACAUCAUCCUCUGCUUCGCCCUCGGAAUCUCCAACCUCUUCCACACAACCCUCGUCAUAAUCAUGUCCGCCCUCGCCCUCCUCUUCGGCUUUCUCCUCAUCUUCAUCGAAAUCCCAUUCCUCCUCCGCAUCUGUCCCCUGUCCGAGAAUUUUACCUCUUUUGUCAGGAGGUUCGGUGAUAAUAGGAUGAGGUGUGUGGUUUAUUUGGUGAUGGCGGGGGUGGAGUGGGCGAGUCUGGCGUUUCAGGCGACGAGUUUGAUUGUUGUUGCGUUGUUUUUGACGGUUACGGGGGCUUGUUAUGGGUUUGCGGCGGUGAAGAGGCAGGAGUUUACGAGCAGCAAGAUGCUUGGUGGUGGGGGUGUUGCACAGAUGAUUGUGUAA